AUGCCAAGACAUCGAGGUACAAGCUGCAAUCUCAUCCAAAGAAUUCCUGAAGAACUGUUGGUUUGCGAAGUUGUACGUCGAGUAGCAGCCUCGUCCCACACCGACUUGUUCAAUCUUAAGUCCAGCUGCAAAGUAUUUAACAAAAUAGCUGAAGAUAAAUAUCUGUAUCGGUGCGUAUCGCUGAAUAAAUUCCCGAUGAUUCCUUGGAAUCCAUCCAUGGAGAAAAAGGCAGCAUUUUUGAAUAAGUGUCGCGAAUCAAACAAUCCUGAGGCAAUGUACAGGCAAGCAGUGGUUGAUUAUUUCAAUAAAAGCAAUCUCAAAUCGGCAUGCAAUCACUUACUGAAAGCCUUGAAAUUAGGCUACGGAGAGGCCACUUAUCUGACGUGCAUUAUCUUGUUGUUAUGUGGAGACGAUGAGUCGAGAGAGAAGGGCGUUAAUAUGCUCGCCGGAUUCAGAAAAUCGAAAUCGGCACAAAACAAGUUGAAAAUGUGGCGAAAUAAUUUGUUGAGGAUGCUGAGAGAGAUGUGGGUGAAGAACUCGGAUUUAGUCGAGCCACGAAAGUGCUGUUCGAGUCCAGAACAACAUCCAUGGAAAAAUCAAUGGUAUGGAGCUAACAUUCCAAGGUCGGCUACUGAUGGUAGAGGUUCGAUAUCGAUAUUCAUGAACGACGAAGAUGGAAUUGAUGUUCCAGAUGAUCUGGCUACCAUGACAGGGAAGAAGCUUAUGUUUAAAAGUAUAGAUAAAAAGUUAUCAGACCAGGAACUUCAAUGGAUCCUUUAG